GGGCGGUGCCUGAAGUCCAGCAGACAUGGCGGAGCUGGAAACAGCGGCGGAACAUGAGCGGAUACUGCGGGAGAUCGAGAGCACGGAGACGGCAUGUAUCGGCCCCACACUGCGGUCUGUAUACGAUGGAGAGGAGCACAGCCACUUUAUGGAGAAGCUGGAGGUGCGGAUCCGAAACCACGACCGCGAGAUUGAGAAGAUGUGCAACUUCCACUACCAGGGGUUUGUAGACUCCAUCACCGAGCUGCUAAAAGUGCGGGGGGAGGCCGAGAAACUGAAGAACCAAGUGAUGGACACCAAUAGGAGGCUGCAACUGGACGGAGCAGAGUUGUUGUCUACCAUGAGGGAUCUGCAGCAGUGCCGCAUCCAGCAGAGGAACAUCACUGCCACUGUGGAGAAGCUCAGCCUCUGCCUGCCCGUGCUGGAGAUGUACAGUAAAUUACAGGAGCAAAUGAAAGCCAAAAGACAUUACCCUGCACUGAAGACCCUGGAGCAGAUGGAGCACACUUACCUGCCCCAGGUCAGUCACUACCGCUUCUGUCAGUCCAUGGUGGACAACAUCCCCAAACUACGGGAGCAGAUCAAAGACGUCUCCAUGUCAGAUCUGAAGGAUUUCCUCGAGAGCAUCCGCAAGCACUCUGAGAGGAUCGGGGAGUUCGCCAUGAAGCAGGCUCAGCAGCAGAGGAGCCUCGACAACAUAAUGACCUUUCAAACCAAGGGCGUCCUCGGAAAGAGAUAUAGGAAGGACCUAUGUCUGAAUCCAGAGAUGAAUGGCACAAGUCCCAUGUCUGAAAAGGAUUCUGGAAUCCUGGAUGUGGAGGAUGAAGAUGAGGAAGAAGAGGCACCGGGCACACAAGACUUGGUCGAUUUUUCUCCAGUGUACCGUUGUUUACACAUCUACACGGUGCUGGGUUCUCGGGAGGUCUUUGAGAACUACUACAGGAAGCAGAGGAGAAAGCAGGCUCGCCUAGUACUACAACCACCAUCUAACAUGCAUGAAACUCUGGACGGAUACAGGAAAUACUUCCACCAGAUUGUAGGGUUUUUUGUGGUUGAAGAUCACAUCCUGCACACAACGGGCGGUCUGGUGAAUCGCGCUUAUGUCGAUGAGUUAUGGGAUUUGGCAUUGUCAAAGACGAUGGCCGCUCUGCGGACGCGCUCGUCCUACUGCUCCGAUCCGAACCUAGUAUUGGAUCUCAAAAACCUCAUUUUGCAUUUUGCAGACACGUUACAGGGCUAUGGCUUCCCAGUGAACCAGCUCUUCGACAUGUUGCUGGAAGUCAGAGACCAGUACAGUGAUAUAUUACUGAAGAAGUGGGCCGGGGUCUUCAGAAGUAUCCUGGACGCAGAUAAUUACAGCCCCAUCCCAGUGAGUGAUGAGACUGCCUACAAGAAGGUCAUCAGCCAGUUCCCCUUUCAAGACCCAGAGUUAGAGAAGCAACAGUUUCCCAAAAAGUUCCCCUUUUCGGAAUUUGUUCCUAAAAUCUACGGUCAGAUCAAGGAGUUCAUCUACGCCUGCCUGAAGUUCUCUGAAGACUUACAUCUAAGCUCUACAGAAGUGGAUGACAUGAUCAGGAAGUCCACAAACCUGCUGCUGACCCGCACCCUGAGCAACUGUCUACAGAGCAUCAUCAAGCGGAAAAAUGUGGGGCUCACGGAGCUUGUGCAGAUCAUCAUCAACACCAGUCACCUGGAGGUCUCCUGCAAGUACCUGGAGGAAUUUAUCACCAACAUCACCAACGUUCUGCCUGACACCGUCCACACCACCAAGUUAUACGGCCUGACCACGUUCAAGGAUUCCAGACAGGCCGCAGAAGAGGAAAUCUACACCAAUCUGAACCAGAAGAUCGACCAGUUCCUGCAGCUGGCAGACUAUGACUGGAUGGCAGCAGAGUCCGGAGAGCAGGCCAGCGACUAUCUCGUGGAUCUGGUGGCUUUCUUAAAUAGCACAUUUGCAGUGUUCACCCAUCUACCUGCUGCCAUUGACUCGCACUCCAUGAUGCCGGGUAAGGUUGCCCAGACGGCCUGCAUGUCUGCCUGCAAACACCUCUCCACUUCGCUGACGCAGCUGCUCCUGGAGGCCGAAGUCAAGCAGAUCACCAUGGGGGCCCUGCAGCAGUUCAAUCUGGACGUGAAGGAGUGUGAAAGGUUUGCCAGAUCGGGACCGGUGCCUGGGUUCCAAGGGGACACACUGCAGUUGGCCUUCAUCGACUUAAGACAACUAUUGGAUCUGUUCAUUAAAUGGGACUGGUCAACGUACCUGGCGGACUAUGGGCAACCCAACUGUAAAUACCUGCGGGUCAACCCCACCACAGCGCUCACGUUACUGGAGAAAAUACACCGCGUGUAAGUAUGGCUGCCAUAGACUUCCUACUAAAAUGAUUGCUGCAGUGUGUAUUCCUGGAUCUGUGUCCUGGUCAUUUUUUACUAAACCUUUAGCUGUGGUUUUCCUGGUGUAUUUACUUGUCACUGACUUGCUCGUGGCUCCGGGUGGUCUGUGUGUGUUGUGUGACUGCUCGGCAUGGUCCGCCAGCUGUAUUAAAAGGGUUGGUAGGCUUUGUAGAUUGAAUGGGUUGAAAUCCAGGUGCAUGCACUAAAUCCAGAGGUCAGCCUCUGUCGUCUUCUGCUGUGGAAGGAAUAAUCUGCAUCGUGAACAUGCACUAAUGGGACAACCCCUUUAACCAUAACGUAGUGACAGGCAGCUGCACGUAAAGCUAACAGGAUAUUUAUUGUUAUGCAUUUAAAGGGGCAGUGAUGCAACAUAGGAAGCCAUUGUCCUAUCUCUACAUAGGGAGGUCUACAAAUUUAUAUCAGGCGUUUAGAAAGUUUUUGAAGGGCAUUAGACCCGUUCUGAGAAUGUAAGGUCUUCAUUACUAGGAAAGACCUUAGUACAUAUAGAUGGAGGCAAAUCUUGUAUGACCAUUCAGUUUACACAUCCUCUAGAAUACUUAAGGGUUAACCCUUGUAAGAAUGAGGCUACAAACUAAGUGACCUAUAUCUGAUGGGGAAGAGCUGGGAUCAAUUCUGGUACAGGCUCCAUAGUGAUUGCCUGCAUGUUAUCUACGGCCCGAGCUGUGUGUUCCAGUUUGGAUAGUCCUGUCUAGUAGGUGUUGGUAUAUAAUGUGUUGACUGGCCUCGAGUAAUUUUUUGCGGGGUCCUUUGCCUGUUUUUCUGUACCAGUUUGUUUUGGACCAUCCCUUCUUGUUAGAAGAUUCUCUUGACAAUAAGCUGAUCACAAAGCCACCCCCUGCUGGGACCUCCAGCAAUCAGCUGUAAACCAGCGGUGAAACCCUGCAGUACUUGUUCAAUUUCCCAGCAGUGCCCCAACAGGAGAAAUUAGGCAUUACACAGGCUGGAGUCAUAUCAGCAGAGUGAUUCAGGAUAGGUCCUCCAGAGCAAAGAGACGCUCUUUAUAACUUCUCCUCAUUCUGGUUAAGAGAUGACAGGUCCUGAAAUUGGUUUUUGUAAACUGGACAUCCCCUUAAACACAGAUACAUACAGAUGUAUGACUCGAGCUCCUAUUACUAUGAUUAUGCUCUAGGCAGAUGACUGUGGUUCAAAAUUAUUUGUACUGGGCCCCAGAAGGAUCUACAUCUCUUUCUGAUGCUACGUGGUAUUGUUGCCAACUUUCAUCGAUGUUCUACAACCCAUUCUAACGUUUUAUAAGAGCAUGCGGAGUCCAUACUGCUGACCACAGAUUCCAAGUGUCCUCCUCUAAUAUUUCCUUCAUGUAC